AGAGGUAGAUUGCGCAGGUUUUAUUUUCUUACCUUCAUAUAGACGAACCUAUAUUCAUAACUGGGUAUAUGGAUAUGUGUAUUUUUUUUAAUUAAGCAAAAACACUUGUGUUUACAUGCGUCGAAAAUACACUCUUACACAUGGGCUGAGCUCCAGUGUGGGUGCUUGUACAUAGCGAUCAAAAAGAAAAACUCAAACUGAAGUUGUGGCGACGAUCGUCGAUCGCUGAUCCCAAAAGUGGGAUCCGACAUAAGUCGGACGCAACUCCAGCCUGCCACACGCGCCUCGAUCUCCAUCAGCGGCCGUCGGAGUCGGAUCGAUCGCACAAUAGCAAAGAAAUUAAGCCGCUUUGUUUGCCCAGCGAUAGCUGGGACAAAAGGAUCCUCGACGACAAGUUGGUCUCCUAUAGAUCACCUGUUGACACACGUACAAAGCGGUGGCCCCUUAAACUAGACGAGAUGCGGCUCGCAUCAACCCCGGAUGAGUAGUCACGUCUCGAAUCGAUGGAUCGAUCGAUGGUGAGCCAUUCAUCACGACUGGCAGGCUCUCUAAUGCACUAAAAGUAAGCAAAACAGAAAAGUACGAGUAAAAAAGAACCACCCGAGUCCAGGUAAACCUGCUGCAGUCCGGCAAGAACGCUUGAUCGGUCAUUCGAAAAGCGGCUUAAGCGAUGACGGAUCAACUGCUGAGCUCCACGGCCGGCGCACCGGGUGAUCCACCGCCAGUUCUGGUACCCGUGCCAGCCUCCACGGGUGGACCCUAUUUGAGCGGUGGUUCCGAGGGCGAGACCGAGUCAGCGGAACAGCCCGUUCUUCUCGAACUGGGUGCUCCGCAAUCGACCAGUUGUCCGGCAGUUAGUCUCAACUAUACCCUAACCGCGGAUGGUGCCGGCUUGCUGGCAUAUGCGCCAUCUCAUCCGCCGCACAGCUAUUCACCCACCCUGAUGGGUGGCUACGAGAAGGAAGCACACAAUAUGGGUUUGUUGCCAACCACUUAUAGCGUGAUACCUCAGCCGGUGUCGAUGUGGCAUGCUGGGCAGAUGGCCUCCGGAUCGCCAGUGGGCCUGGAGUGCAACAAACCCAGUGAGCUGGUGCCUCCACCCAUGUAUAUGAGCUAUGGCGGCGGUAGUAUUGCCAAUAGCACAGAGGUGGACAUUGCCAAGGAACAUAAUCCUGCCUGGCGGGAGAAGGCGCUGCAAAUGGAGAAGGACUACAGACGCACCGCCUGCGAUCGGGAACGAACCAGAAUGCGGGACAUGAACCGAGCCUUUGAUUUACUGCGCUCCAAGCUGCCCAUAUCCAAGCCCAAUGGAAAGAAGUACUCCAAAAUCGAGAGCCUGAGGAUUGCCAUCAACUACAUCAAUCACCUGCAGGCCAUGCUGCGGGAGAGCUCCGUGGGUCAAAAUGGCAGUGGGUGCUGUGCCUGGAGCGGCGGCAGUAGUUCACCUUAUGAUAAUGGCAACGAUCAUUGGGGCGCGUAAUUUGAAUUUACAAAUAUCUGAGGGAAUUCAAUUAAAUAUUCAACUAAAAACUUGUUAGGUUUUAUGCGCAGUUUGCCAAAGUCAUUCCAUGACCCUUUAAUAAUUUAUGGUCAUUAGAAAUUCGCUCAAUUUUGCGACUUUAAAACAGAAAAAAAAGAAAUAGCUUUAAUUUUGUAUUAUUCCUACAUGUUAACCUUUUUAUAAGUGCAAUAAUUGAAUAAAUUAUCAAGAAUAA